AUGUCGUUUACAAAAUUUACCAAUUGCCAGUUAUGUGACCAGGGUAUUAUAUACUACGAUGGAGAGCUAUACGUUGAUAAUUCCACCGGUAGAAUUGCUAGUAGGCCGGAAAAAGGUGCAAAAAUUGAAGUUGUUGAUUUGGAAGGUAAUAUACUAGCCCCAGGGUUUAUUGAUAUCCAGAACAACGGAAUAUUCGGGUUGAAUUUCUCUUCUUUGAAUGGAAAUUCGAGUGAAGAGGAUGUUGAAGGGUUCAGAAAUCAUUAUCGUGAUGCUAUGGCUAAAUAUUUAGCUACAGGAGUGACGGCUAUUUGUCCUACGGUAACAUCGAACUUUCCAGAGGUGUAUGAGAAGGUCUUGCCGGUGUAUAAGGUCAGCCGUUCGAAAGUGCAAACAGACUCUCUUGGAGCACACUGUGAGGGACCAUUUAUAAAUGUCCAGAAGAAAGGAUGCCAUCCUCCUGAGACAUUUACAGAUGCCAAGGGGGGCUACAGAGAUAUCACAAAAGUGUAUGGCGAGAACAACCUUUCCGAGUAUGUGGCCAUAGUAACCGCAGCCCCCGAAAUCGAAGGAGUCUUGGAUGUGAUUGCAGUCUUGAAAGAGAAGAAUAUCACUGUAUCCAUUGGCCAUACCACUGCAGGCUACGAGACGGGGUUGCAGGCAAUUGAAAAUGGUGCUACCAUGGUCACUCAUUUAUACAAUGCCAUGCCACAACCACAUCACCGGGAUGUCGGGGUUGUGGGGUUGAUAACAUCGCCAAUUGCUAAGGACGCGCCUUAUUUCGGUUUGAUAACAGAUGGAGUCCAUGUUGACCCUUCCAUGGCCACAAUAGCAUAUAGAUCGAGGCCAGAUAAGUGCAUAGUGGUCACCGAUGCAAUGCAUUUGAUAGGUCUACCAGACGGGACUUACAAGUGGGAUAAUCAAUACAUAACGAAGACAGGCCCUAGAUUAUAUUUGAAGGGAACUAAGACUUUGGCUGGUGCUGCAACCACUUUGCCUCAAUGCAUGCGGAAUUUGAUGGCCUGGGCCAAUAUUUCGCUUCCAGAAGCAAUUAAAACGGUUACUAAUAAUCCAGCCAAGUCAAUCGGUGUAGAGAAAAGGAAGGGCUUCUUAAAUGUAGACUGUGAUGCCGAUUUGGUCGUUUUAGACAAAAAAGGGUUUGUAAAGAAUGUCUAUAAAUUGGGCAAACCAAUUAAAACAUCAGACGAGAACCAGCCUUCCAAGUUAAUGGCUGCAUUAUAA